AUGGGAGUGUGCCGGCUCCAGGCUCCCUGGGCUGUUCUUGAGAAGGUGGUGUCAGCUGGCAGUCAGACGUACAAGCCUAGCUCCCAGGAGAAGGCCAAGCCUGCGCUCAUCACUGGGGAAGGAAGCAGCUCAGGGCCAGGCAUAGCGGCAGCUGAGUGCGUCCCGGCGAUGCGGCGGGAGGAGCUGGCCAGAGGCAAUGCCACUGUGCAGACAGCCAAGGAAGCAAAGGGGCCCGCCGAGGCCACCGUCACAGAGCUUCGCUGGCACACGUUCUCCAAAAUGGCCGUGUACCUGCCCAGGGAGCUGACAGCCAACAGGGAAGACUGUAAGUUCCUGGAAAACAUGACUAAAUUAACCAGCUUAAAGUAUCUGGAAAUGAAAGAUACUGCUAUAAUCAUUGAUAGAAGCUUGAAGGACUUAAAUCAGAAGUAUGCUGAACUACAGCCUCACCUGGAUCAGAUAAAUGUGGUUGAGGAGCAGGUGGCAGCACUUGAACAGGCAGCCUACAAGCUGGAUGCACGUUCACAAAAACUGGAAGCCGAGUAA